AUGAUUUUAGGUGGAAAUGUUGAUCAAGCAACAGAAUGGAAUUUACGUAAAUGUUCGGCAGCUGCAGUUGAUGUUCUUUCAAAUGUAUUUCGUGAAGGUAUUUUACCAAUAUUAUUACCUAUUUUACGUGAAAUGUUAUUUCAUACAAAUUGGCAAAUUAAAGAAAGUGGUAUACUUGUAUUAGGUGCUAUAGCUGAAGGUUGUUCAUAUGGUUUAGCACCACAUUUACCUGAUCUUGUUGAUUACUUAAUAAAAUGUCUUAGUGAUAAAAAACCAUUAGUACGUUCAAUAACAUGUUGGACAUUAUCAAGAUAUUCAUCAUGGAUUGCACAUAAUGAAGUACAACAAAAUAGAUUUCUUGUUCCGUUAAUGUCGGAAUUACUUAAAAAAAUUUUAGAUGCAAAUAAAAAAGUUCAAGAAGCAGCUUGUAGUGCAUUUGCAACAUUAGAAGAAGAAGCUUGUAUACAAAUGGUACCUUAUUUAAACCAAAUUCUUGAAACAUUAGUACAUGCUUUUCGUAAAUAUCAAGCAAAAAAUUUAUUAAUACUUUAUGAUGCUAUUGGAACAUUAGCUGAUAGUGUUGGUUCACAUUUAAAUCGUCCUGAUUAUAUACAAUUAUUAAUGCCACCAUUAAUUGAACGAUGGAAUUUAUUACGAAAUGACGAUAAAGAUUUGUUUCCAUUACUUGAAUGUCUUUCAUCGAUUGCAACAGCAUUACAAACAGGAUUUUUACCUUAUUGUGAACCAGUCUUUGGUCGAUGUAUUCUACUUGUACAACAAACAUUAGAAGUUAAUGGACCAGAUACAUCACCAGACAAAGAUUUUAUGAUUGUUGCACUUGAUUUACUUUCUGGUUUAACUGAAGGUUUAGGUAAAGAAAAUUUUUCUCUUAAUGCUAGCUCCUACACAGAUUGA